AUGGCGACGCCGAGGGAUCCAACGAAUAACGCAGUGCGUAAGGCAGAACUUCGGCACUCGCAACCAUGCCGCUACGGUGGCCUUCGAAGGUUGGCCAAUCAGGCAUGCGUGAACUUCUCCACAUCGUCGUCUUGCAAUGAGCAUAUGGGCGCACGACGGAGCUCCAGCCGGGAAAACGGGCAAUAG